CUCGUCACGUCGGUUGCUGCUGCUGCUCUCCUCUCUCGUCGCCUCCCGUUUUCCGAUCGCAACCAUGGGAACCCGCGGCGUGGCCUUGGUGCUCCUCGGAGCCGUGCUGCUCCAAGCCCUCCUCCCCGCGUCGGCGGCGGAGGGGUUGGUGCGGAUUGCGCUGAAGAAGCGGCCGAUCGACGAGAACAGCCGCGUCGCCGCGCAACUCUCCGGCGAGGAGGGGGCGCGCCGGCUGGGCCUCCGCGGUGCCAACUCCCUUGGCGGCGGUGGGAGUGAGGGCGACAUCGUGGCGCUGAAGAACUACAUGAACGCGCAGUACUUUGGUGAGAUUGGAAUCGGCACUCCGCCGCAGAAGUUCACCGUCAUCUUCGACACUGGCAGCUCCAACCUCUGGGUGCCAUCAUCCAAGUGCUACUUCUCGAUUGCGUGCUUCUUCCACUCUCGCUACAAGUCGGGACAGUCAAGCACUUACCAAAAGAACGGAAAACCAGCUGCCAUUCAGUAUGGCACUGGUUCAAUUGCUGGUUUUUUCAGCGAGGACAGUGUUACCGUAGGCGAUCUAGUUGUGAAAGAUCAGGAAUUCAUUGAAGCUACAAAGGAGCCAGGUCUUACUUUCAUGGUUGCCAAAUUCGAUGGUAUUCUUGGCCUUGGAUUUCAGGAAAUAUCUGUUGGAGAUGCAGUACCUGUGUGGUAUAAGAUGGUAGAGCAAGGUCUCGUCAGUGACCCUGUUUUCUCUUUCUGGUUCAACCGACAUUCUGAUGAAGGAGAGGGUGGUGAAAUUGUGUUUGGAGGAAUGGAUCCUAGCCACUACAAGAGCAAUCAUACAUAUGUUCCAGUCACUCAGAAGGGAUAUUGGCAGUUUGAGAUGGGUGAUGUGUUGAUUGGAGGAAAGACCACAGGAUUUUGUGCUAGCGGCUGUUCAGCUAUAGCAGAUUCUGGAACUUCAUUGCUUGCUGGCCCCACAGCCAUAAUCACUGAAAUCAAUGAGAAGAUCGGUGCUACUGGGGUAGUCAGCCAAGAGUGCAAGACAGUUGUUUCUCAAUAUGGACAACAGAUUCUAGAUCUGUUGCUUGCAGAGACACAACCAGCAAAAAUCUGCUCCCAGGUUGGUCUGUGUACUUUUGAUGGUACACAUGGUGUUAGUGCUGAAAUUAAGAGUGUAGUGGAUGAUGAAGCUGGGAAAUCAAAUGGUCUCCACAGCGACGCCAUGUGCAAUGCCUGUGAGAUGGCUGUUGUAUGGAUGCAGAACCAACUUGCACAAAACAAGACUCAGGAUCGCAUCCUGAAUUACAUUAACCAGCUCUGCGACAAGCUCCCAAGUCCCAUGGGAGAAUCAUCUGUGGACUGUGGCAGCCUUGCAUCCAUGCCUGAAAUUGCCUUCACCAUUGGAGGCAAACAGUUUGCACUCAAACCAGAACAGUAUAUUCUUAAGGUUGGUGAAGGACCUGCUGCCCAGUGCAUCAGUGGAUUCACAGCCAUGGACAUCCCUCCUCCUCGUGGUCCUCUCUGGAUCCUGGGUGAUGUUUUCAUGGGUGCCUACCAUACCGUGUUUGACUACGGCAAGAUGAGGGUUGGCUUCGCGAAGUCGGCCUAAAGGCGCCGUUACUUGCCUAAUGACGAGGUGGACGCAUACGCCGAGAGAAGACCUUAGCCUUUUUAACUUUGCAUAUUUUAUCCGGCGAUGUGUAUAUAUAUAUAUGCAUGAACAUGUUACGUUGUCCCAGGCCUGAGAUGGCGCCCGUCGGUUUUAACUUGGCAAGAAUGUCUCGGACCAGUACAGUGUUCGAAUUCUCGGUACUGAUCAUGGAUAGUUGUUAACAUAAUUCUCGUACUGAUCAAGAAUAGCUGUCGACUUGUGAUAAUAUGUGCACUGUGUGUUGUGACUGAACUGCAUGAUGGUAAUGUGCUAGUAAGUCUAUGCAUGUUCAAUCUGA